AAAACAAAUCGGCAGCAAAAACAAACAAAAUUGGAAAAAUGGAUCAAAUUCGUCGCAAAUUUAUCCAAAAUUCGAUUUUUCUGUGGCGAAUUCGAGCAUCACAAGUUAAUUUUUCGCGAAAUUUUGCAAAUUUAUCAUUUUUACGUGAAAAUCCUCGCUUUCAAGUACCUUCUUUACAAAUUUUGCCGGCGAGAAAUUACGCCAAAGACAGAGGAGGCAACAAAAAAGACCGAAAAAAUGCGACAAAAGUCAAGCCAAACCCGGAUUUCUUGAAUACUUAUGUAAAUUACGACCAAAUCGUUGGCGCCAUGCAAAAAUCUCUCGACACGAUGAAAGAUGAGUUCAUCCGAAAUUUAUCGCUGCGUUCAACUACGGGUGCCAUUGAACAACUUCUCGUCAAAGUCGAAGGAGACGAGCAUGAACUUCAAGAAAUCGCGGUCAUCGUUCGAAAAGACCCCAAAACGAUCGUUGUUAAUAUGAUAAAUUUCCCUCAGAUGAUCCCCGAUGUCCUGCAAGCCUUGAGAAAAAGUGGCAUGAACCUCAAUCCGCAACAAGAUGGCACAACGUUGUUCAUUCCUGUGCCAAAAGUCACGAAAGAGCACAGAGAAAGUCUCGCAAAGAACGCCAAAGCACUUUUUAUCAAGUGUCGCGACGCGAUAAAGGAAAUCCAGAACAACGCUGUGAAAAAGCUGAAGAAAAAGGAAAAAGUUCCCAUUGACGAGAUGCACAUGUGCAUCGCUCAGCUGGAAACAGUCCGCGAUAAUUUCAUUGCUGAAGCGGAAAAAUUGCUUGAAACGAAGCGAGUUGAGUUGAUUGGAACAGAAAAAUAAAUUUUCCCAAAAAAUUUUUAAAAAAUGUAGAAAAAUAAAGAAAAUUCGUUACUUA